GCUACUCAGGAGGCUGAGGCACAAGAAUCACUUGAACCCGGGAGGUGGAGGUUGCAGUGAGAUUGCACCAGUGCACUCUCCAGCCUGGCAACAGAGCAAGACUCUGUCUCAAACAAACAAAACAAAACAAACAAAAAGACGUAAGAUGUGGACCGCUGGAGAAUGGGGGUGCUGCCUGCAGUCAAAACGGAGUGGGGGUGCCCAGCUCAGGGCCAGAAUGAUCCUAUUCCCGGCACUUCUCAGUGAGGCUCUGUGGCUCACCUAAGAAACCAGCCUCCCUUGCAGGCAACGGCCUAGCUGGCCUGGUCUGGAGGCUCUCUUCAAAUAUUUACAUCCACACCCAAGAUACGCUCUUGAGAUUUGACUCGCAUGAUUGCUAUGGGACAAGUUUUCAUCUGCAGUUUAAAUCUGUUUCCCAACUUACAUUCCUAUAUCCUAGGGGUUUGGAAUUCUAGAUCGUAUUUGAAGUGUUGGUGCCACACACACCUUAACACCUGCACGCUGGCAACAAAACCGUCCGCUCUGCAGCACAGCUGGGGUCGCCUGACCUUUCUCCUGUCCCCCCUACUUGAGCUCAGUGGCUGGGCAGCAGGGGAUGCAUGGCCACUGGCCGGCCAGGUGCAGCUCUCAGCUGGGGUGUUCAGAGGACGCCUCUGUCCUCCCCUCCCCCAUCCCUCUGUCACCCUUGGAGGCAGAGAACUUUGCCCGUCAGUCCCAUGGGGAAUGUCAACAGGCAGGGGCAGCACUGCAGAGAUUUCAUCAUGGUCUCCCAGGCCCUCAGGCUCCUCUGCCUUCUGCUUGGGCUUCAGGGCUGCCUGGCUGCAGGACGGGCGGGAACCUGCGAUGCCCCCGCUGCGUGGGCCGUGGGGCGGUCUCCGAGGCACUGGGCGGGGCAAGCGGUGAGCGUUUCACGGAACUCGCAUUUCUCAGUCUUCAUAACCCAGGAGGAAGCCCACGGCGUCCUGCAUAGGCGCCGGCGCGCCAACGCGUUCCUGGAGGAGCUGCGGCCGGGCUCCCUGGAGAGGGAGUGCAAGGAGGAGCAGUGCUCCUUCGAGGAGGCCCGGGAGAUCUUCAAGGACCUGGAGAGGACGAAGCUGUUCUGGAUUUCUUACAGUGAUGGGGACCAGUGUGCCUCAAGUCCAUGCCAGAAUGGGGGCUCCUGCAAGGACCAGCUCCAGUCCUAUAUCUGCUUCUGCCUCCCUGCCUUCGAGGGCCGGAACUGUGAGACGUACAAGGAUGACCAGCUGAUCUGCGUGAACGAGAACGGCGGCUGUGAGCAGUACUGCAGUGACCACACGGGCACCAAGCGCUCCUGUCGGUGCCACGAGGGGUACUCUCUGCUGGCAGACGGGGUGUCCUGCACACCCACAGUUGAAUAUCCAUGUGGAAAAAUACCUAUUCUAGAAAAAAGAAAUGCCAGCAAACCCCAAGGCCGAAUUGUGGGGGGCAAGGUGUGCCCCAAAGGGGAGUGUCCAUGGCAGGUCCUGUUGUUGGUGAAUGGAGCUCAGUUGUGUGGGGGGACCCUGAUCAACACCAUCUGGGUGGUCUCCGCGGCCCACUGUUUCGACAAAAUCAAGAACUGGAGGAACCUGAUCGCGGUGCUGGGCGAGCACGACCUCAGCGAGCACGACGGGGACGAGCAGAGCCGGCGGGUGGCGCAGGUCAUCAUCCCCAGCACGUACAUCCCGGGCACCACCAACCACGACAUCGCGCUGCUCCGCCUGCACCAGCCCGUGGUCCUCACUGACCACGUGGUGCCCCUCUGCCUGCCCGAACGGGCAUUCUCCGAGAGGACGCUGGCCUUCGUGCGCUUCUCAUUGGUCAGCGGCUGGGGUCAGCUGCUGGACCGUGGCGCCACGGCCCUGGAGCUCAUGGUCCUCAAUGUGCCCCGGCUGAUGACCCAGGACUGCCUGCAGCAGUCACGGAAGGUGGGAGACUCCCCAAAUAUCACGGAGUACAUGUUCUGUGCCGGCUACUCGGAUGGCAGCAAGGACUCCUGCAAGGGGGACAGUGGAGGCCCACAUGCCACCCACUACCGGGGCACGUGGUACCUGACAGGCAUCGUCAGCUGGGGCCAGGGCUGCGCAUCCGUGGGCCACUUUGGGGUGUACACCAGGGUCUCCCAGUACAUCGAGUGGCUGCAAAAGCUCAUGCGCUCAGAGCCACGCCCAGGAGUCCUCCUGCGAGCCCCAUUUCCCUAGCCCAGCAGCCCUGGCCUGUGGAGAGAAAGCCAAGGCUGCGUAGAACUGUCCUGGCACCAAAUCCCAUAUAUUCUUCUGCAGUUCAUGGGGUAGAGGAGGGCAUGGGAGGGAGGGAGAGGUGGGGAGGGAGACAGAGACAGAAACAGAGAGAGAGACAAAGAGACAGAGAGAGACUGAGGGAGAGACUCUGAGGACAUGGAGAGAGACUCAAAGAGACUCCAAGAUUCAAAGAGACUAAUAGAGACACAGAGAUGGAAUAGAAAAGAUGAGAGGCAGAGGCAGACAGGCGCUGGACAGAGGGGCAGGGGAGUGCCAAGGUUGUCCUGGAGGCAGACAGCCCAGCUGAGCCUCCUUACCUCCCUUCAGCCAAGCCCACCUGCACGUGAUCUGCUGGCCUCAGGCUGCUGCUCUGCCUUCAUUGCUGGAGACAGUAGAGGCAUGAACACACAUGGAUGCACACACACACACGCCAAUGCACACACACAGAGAUAUGCACACACAUGGAUGCACACACAGAUGGUCACACAGAGAUACGCAAACACACCGAUGCACACGCACAUAGAGAUAUGCACACACAGAUGCACACACAGAUAUACACAUGGAUGCACGCACACGCCAAUGCACGCACACAUCAGUGCACACGGAUGCACAGAGAUAUGCACACACCGAUGUGCGCACACACACAGAUAUGCACACACAUGGAUGAGCACACACACACCAAUGCGCACACACACCGAUGUACACACACAGAUGCACACACACCGAUGCUGACUCCAUGUGUGCUGUCCUCUGAAGGCAAUUGUUUAGCUCUCACUUUUCUGGUUCUUAUCCAUUAUCAUCCUCACUUCAGACAAUUCAGAAGCAUCACCAUGCAUGGUGGCGAAUGCCCCCAAACUCUCCCCCAAAUGUAUUUCUCCCUUCGCUGGGUGCCGGGCUGCACAGACUAUUCCCCACCUGCUUCCCAGCUUCACAAUAAACAGCUGCGUCUCCUCCGCA